AUGGAAGGCGGAUGGUGUGAGGAGAUAAAGGCGACCGUGCAGAAACACGCGCAGAGCCUGAGGCACAGCAAGGAGGAGCUGAACAGACUCAACCAGGCCAUCCAGCGGCUGACUGUGGAGCCCUGCGAACUUGAGACAGCCAAGGACUCGCCUGCUCUGCAGGAGGAAGGUGCCUCCGGCAGCGCCAAGGGCAAGCUGGCCUGGCUGGAGGCCGCUCUGCAGCGGGCCAAGCAGGACAUGGUACGGCAGCUGCGCGAGUACCAGGAGCUGAUGAUCGUCAAGCUGGGCCUUGACUUCGAGAUCGCCACCUACCGCAAGCUGCUGGAGGGCGAGGAGAGCCGGCUUGGUCUGGGAUUUGGGACCGGGAGUUUGUCUCCUGGCGGGGAGGAGGCCCUGGGCAGCGCCCCCACCUGCGGGCCUGGCUCUGCCGCGGGCGCGGCCCCCCCGCCGCCGCCGCCGCCGCCGCCGCCGCCUGGCGCGGGCUCCCUGGAGACGAGCGCCCCUGGCGGCGGCUGCGCGCUCUGCGGCUCCCCCGGCUGUGUCGGGGCCUUCAGCUGCACCGGCCCCCGCGGAUGCUAA